UUUUGGUUGCCAUGUUUGUGGUAAAACAUUUACAAGGAAAUGUGACCUAAAUGUGCAUAUGAGAACUCACACUGGUGAAAAAGCUUUUGCUUGUGAUAUUUGUGAAAAAAGAUUUUUACGAAAGUCUCAUUUAAAUGUACAUAUGAGAAUUCACACUGGCAUAAAAGCUUUUUGCUGUGAUGCUUGCGGUAAAAGAUUUUGUGACGGAUCGACUUUAAAAAAACACAUGACAACUCAUACUGGUGAAAAACACGCUAAUUGUGAUGCAUGUGGUAAAGGAUUUCGUGACCAGUCAGUUUUAAACAAACACAUGAGAACUCACACAGGUGAAAAACCCUUUAGUUGUGAUGCAUGUGGUAAAAGAAUGUGUGACCAGUCGACCCUUAAAGCUCAUAUGAGAAUUCAUAAUGAUGAAAAGCCCUUUAGUUGUGAUGGUUGUUGUAAAAUAUUUCGUGAUCAGUCCAGUUUAAAAAAACACAUGAAAACGCACACAGGUGAAAAACCCUUUAGUUGUGAUGAAUGUGGUAAAAGAUUUCGUGUCAGGUCAGUCCUUAAAAAACAUAUGAGAACUCACACAGGUGAAAAGCCCUUUAGUUGUAAUGCAUGUGGUAAAAGAUUGUGUGACAAGUUGACUCUGGAAAGCCACAUUAGAACUCACACAGGGGAAAAACCCUUUAGUUGUGAAGCUUGUGAAAAAAGAUUUCGUGACAAGUCAACUCUAAAUAAACAUAUGAAAACUCACACAAGUGAAAAACCAUUUAGUUGUGAUAUUUGUGAUAAAAGAUUCUAUAGCUGGUCAACACUAAAAAAACACAGUAGAACGCACACAAAUGAAAAACCCUUUAGCUGUGAUGAGUGCGGGAAAAGUUUUCGUGAACCAUCAAUUUUAAAAAGACACAUAAAAACUCACACUGGUGAAAAACCCAUCAGUUGUGAUGUAUGUGGUAAAAGAUUUCGUGACAGCUCGGGUCUGAAAUGCCACGUACGAACUCACACGGGUGAAAAACCUUUUAGUUGUGAUUUGUGCGGUAAAUGUUUCUGUGAGCAAUCAAGUCUAAACAAACACGUGAAAACACACACGGAUGAAAAACAUGUGACACGUGAAAAAGAUUUCGUGAUUAGUCAAAUCUAAAAAGCCAUUUGAGAACUCACACAGGUGAAAAAUACCACAGUUUACAUAUGCUGACAACUCUGCAAAAGAGAUUACCACUUGCAUUUAGUGUCUGUCUCCCUGAAAACUCCUGGAUCAGCUUUUCUGAAAGGUUGACUCUAUGUCAAGCUACAAAAGGUCAAGUUUUGAACUCCAGUGUUUGUUGCUGGGAUGCCAGGACACGCUGCUCCCAACACUCAGAUGCACCACAGUAGCCCUCGGUGCUACUUGACGCCAUCAUUGAUAGACUUUGCAUACCUAACACAUGCUCUGACGCCAAGAACGCUUUUGGUGUGAACGCACCAAUAGAUCUUUCAACACAUUCAAAUUGUUCUGAACAAGUUUAUUUUAACUCAUUCCAAAUCCUGAAGAGAAAUGUGUUCUCCAAACCAGCCUGUUAGAAUCUACUGUAAUAUUCAUUAAAGUUUUUUAACUAAUUUAUAUUUUGGUUUUUUGUUUUUUACUUUUUUAUAUUUCUCUAAUUAGAUGAAUUUUGCUGAAUAGUAAUUUUAAUUCAACCUGCCAAUUUGAUGACUUUGCUGCUAUGUUUGGCAACUUUUCAGGCACUUGUAGUGACUGUUCAGCAUGUUUUCUUCAACACACCUGUAUCGAAUACUCAGGUCAUUAGCAGGACUCUGGAAGACUUGACUGCAUGCUGAGCACUGUUGUUUUCGCCAACGAUGAUGAUGACAAAAUGAUUUUGUUGAAGCUCAUGUUUUCAUAAGGAAAACCGAUAAGCAAAACAUAGAUCUUUGAUGACGAAAACAUGAUGACUCAGGGAUGUGUAUUUUUGUUGAUGAGAGGAAAUAAAAAAGUUAUUUGGUGGUCUGUCAGAUGUUUCAAAUGUAUCAUUGUGCUGUAAUCGGCUACAACUAAUUUUCCUCAAGAGAUCAUAAUAUCCUCAAGAGAUCACAUUAUCAAAGUGCAAUCCUUUGAAUAAAAAUAAUAUACUAUAUAAGUAUAUAAUAUUUGUAAAGCAUAAUUCUAUAGUGAUAUAAAACUUUGUGUUUAUCAUAUUUAUAUUUAUUUGCAAAAUAUAUGACUUUCCAUAUAUCUCAUCCAGACGGAGUUCAGUUUAAAUAGUUUUUAAUCUGAAUAAAUAUGUGUAAUCUAACUGAAAGGUAAUUUUAAAAUUUGUUUUGGUCUUUUAAGGGGUUCUGACCACUAAUCUCUAUUUAUUCGCUGGAUUGACGAUUGCCCGUUGGUAGUAGUUGAAGUGAAGCAACUGGCUGCCAUAUUGGUACUCCCUAGUUAGACCUGUUGCAAAGUAAACAAUCCGUGGGCUACAGCAUCGAACAACGAGGAUGUUCUCAUUUUCAUUGGGACUUAAGACUUUUAAAAUAAAGAUGAAUUCAUCACUUUGACACACACUUGCUGGU